AUGGCCGGCAAAAAGGGUCGUAAACGAGGCGCAAAGAAAGUUCUCAAAGACGAUAAAAAUGAAAGAAGCGCUUUCACUGAAGAGAAGAAAGCCAAAUUAAUCGAUGAGCAGAAAAAGCCCGACGAAGAACUGUCUUCAGACAAACUGGAGUCAUGUCUGGAAACAGUUGACGAGUGCAAAACAAACGCCGUCGACUUUUUAAAGGAAGAAGAGAGCAAGUUGAAGUAUGUUCCACCGUUUACUCGAAAAGCAAAAAGGAGUAUAAAUAGAACGGGAGUCCCUGUUUCUCCAGUUACAAAGCCUUUAAAACGUCCCUGGAGAGGUGCAAAACAAUUUUCCAAGGACGCUCCGCUUGUAGAGAGGUCACCGCCUGUUAAAGACGAUGAACAAGGCAACGGGUAUCAAAACUCACAAAAGGUUGUUACUUGUAGAACCUAACUAAUAUAAGACUUACGUUUUGUUAAUGAGACCGCUUUAUUAAAUGGCGUUGAAACGUACCACCCGCAGUGACAUAUAAAACGGGGGGAGCUUAUAAACAGCCCGACUUUCUCUUUGCUCGUUUGUGCGUUCGAGUAAAAACUUACCAUUAGUUACAAAGAAAUCCAUAAUGUUUCCUUGUUUUCUCAAGGGAGGUUUGUAAAAGCCACAAACCCGUUGAGUAUUUGAAAAAUAUUACAGUGUGCCCUUCUUUAUCAAUUUAUUUGUAUUUCCAACAGUGCCAAGGAUUAUUCAGCCCUUCUCAUACACCGUAAAGUAGUUUUAUUACAAAUUGAAUUCGAAAUCUAACAUUUGUAACGAAGGAGAAAAAAUUCACAAGGUUGGGUAGUCUAUGUAAUGGUAACAGGACUGAGUGGAGUCCAAUUCGGUCUGUAAUCAGACGAGUGAUUAACAAAAUCGGACGACCGCGUAGCGGGAGUCCGAUUUGUUUAAUCACUAGUAUGAUUACAGACCGAAUUGGACGACACGAAGUUCUGUUACCAAUUAAUCAUAACUUUAACAAAAUUUGUGAUAUAUAGGGCUCUUUUUAAAUCAAAACACAAGAAAUUCCAAGAUUUUUUCACUAGCAAUGAAAAAAAAAAGCCAUUUAAGCGCGCGCGUGAUGGCGCGUACUGUCCAAUUACUUAGGCAUGAUGCGUACUGUCCUAUUAAACUGUCCUAUUAAGGCUGAAAUCAGGGCAGUUGAGAACCAAUCAGAUUUGAGAAUUUUGUUAUAGUUAUGAUUAAUAGAGUAAUCAUCACUGCAAAGUUGAACUUUUUAUAUUCUAAGUUUUUAGUAGCUUCCAGGUCCGACUAGUCGUUUUGUGAGGAAAUUGUAGAUGACAAAUCCUAUCACACUUGAGUAAUAAAUAUUAGGACUAAAACCACCACGUUAAAUUCUACUUAUUUUUUGCAUUCUGUCUUGAUACAGAUAGAAGAGGAGGAAAAGAAGAUGAAAGAGGAUGAAGAGGAAGAAGAAAUUGAUGUUGUGGGAAUAAGACCACAGAAUUCUUGCAGCCAAAAAGGGGAAAACUUUGUUCUCUGCCAAAAUCAAACAACUGGAAAAGAAGAAUUUCUUUUGUUAUCAACAAGGGCAGAGGUACCAUCUGAAGUUAAAGAUGUAUUACACAAUGUUAUUGAAGCUGUAUGCAAGAUCGAUCACUCUAACAGCUACAAGAGUGAAGCAGGUAAGAUCCUGCGAUAGUCAACUUACAGAUUACAUUAGUGGGACAUGUGUAAGGUAGCACAGAAAGUGAACUUCCAUUGAUGAGUUGCUAAAACUUUCUGAUUUAAAUGAGAUGAAAUAUGUGACAAUUAAAAAUUUAGCCCUUUAAUGCAAAGAAGAGAAAAUUUAUUAACAGCCAGUCAUGGUGAGUUUCCUGUUUGAAUAUAAUUUCAGUAGGACCUCUCAUUUCUAAGUUGAAUUCAAAGCAGAUCUCUAUCAAAAUUCUUUGACAGCUUUAUCUAUACCUUGGUGAUAGAACAUUGUGGUGAUACUACUCUAACUGACAAAUCACAAGAGUCAUAUAUUUUUUGUGGUUCUGACUCUCUUUUUCAUAUAGCAGCCCUGGAUGAAACUACUUUUGGAAAGGGUAUUGAAAGCUGUGUUAGUGCCCUCAACAGUUCUGCAUCAAUUCAGAUACCUGCAGAUAACAGCCAUGUCAAUUCGUUUGAACCAGCACCAGAAAUUGCAAAGGUUGAAGUUCCUGAUCAUGGGUUAAAUGAUGUUAAAUGUGAUCAUGGGUGGUCAAGGAGAAACAUUUAUGAUCAUUGCAAUCAGAGAGAUAUUAGUGGCUCAGAGAGUAAAGGUACAACUCACAGCCCUGAAACAGGCCACUCAGAGGUUAAUCUCACAAGUAUGAAUUGUGUAGAUUUGCUUAGUGAUGGAAUGUCAAAGAAAGACCACUGCCCAACCUCAAACAUAGAUGCUGAUCUCACCCAUACAGAGACAAAUUUCUCUGACAGCAAGUCAGAAAAUGACCUCUUGUCACAGACACUUCCAGCAGAAGAUACAGAAAUGAAAAGCAAUAUGGUUGUGCAUGUACUGAUGUCAGAAGAUGUGCCUGGUUCUACCAUCUGCCUUGGAUAUCCUGCAAAUGAGCUAGACAACCUAGAAAAACAGCAAAGUCCUGACCAGAUGGUUCCUGCUCAAUGUGAGCCUGUCACUGUUCCAGUAAGUAACACUGUUUCGUUUCAUUCCUUUUGGGUGUCAAACCUUUAACAACCAACAGGAACUAUAUACAAAUCUUGUUUCAUGAUAAUUGCUCGUACUGUAUAGCUCUCAGUCUAGUUGUCUGGAACCAGAAGAUUUUCCUAUUGCAUGGGCAAGUAACUUUUCAUACUCAUCACAGGCAACACAUAAACUAAGAUCAUGCCAACUAGUCCAGCUAAGAGCAAAUUUGAGAGUGAGCCUUGUCCUUAUCAGGAAAAACUAGAAUUCAAGAAAAACUCUGGUCACAAAAGAUAUAUUUCGAUCAGUCUGUGUUUACCCGGUAAAUCUCGAUUGCUAAGUUUUAUUUAUUCACAACAAAACGACAUGUUUUGCCUCAGUGUGAUUACAUGGUAUGGUAUUAAUGAAAUGAUUAAUACCAUGACAUGAUACACCAUGAGCCAUAUUACAUACCAUCAUUAGAACUAAUACAGUCAAAGGUAAAAAUAAAUUCACUGGCAUUAUGAUUGAAAAGUUUUCAAUAAAAAAUUAUCUGAUUCUCAGCAAAGAAUCCCAGAUUGCAAAGAACUGACAAUAAAGUGUCAUCAGAAUGGAAGAGACAUGUGUCAUACAAGCAGUGAAAAUUGUUUGCAUUUGGAAACUCCAGACAAUGAAGAAGACAAAAAUACGCAUCACGCAGAUGAAACUGAAGAUGGCACUCAUUGUACAGAUCCCAAAGCAGGACUUGGAAGGGAAAUAGAAGAAUCUCAGCCCUCUGAUGCACAGACAGCACUGGAAAUUCUUGCAUACCAAGAAAAUAACACUUCAAGCAUAAGGGAGGGACAAACAGUGCCAACAGGUUCUGAAUCAUCUCUACAAUGCAGUUCCCCUUGCAAGGAGACAGAGGGUAGACUCACUGACUCAGAACAAUGCAGAUCAGCUUUUCCAUCAAGUGACCAGCCACCAGUUUGCUCUUCAUUUGGCUCUGAGGGGGAAAUCUCGGAAUUUGACUGUUUAAUGGCCAUGGACUGUACAGAUUCUCAGUUGGUGGGCCUUGAAUCUUCCCCUGACCAACCAUCGUGUCAUAAACUGGAUACCAGGUGA